CGUGAGAGAGGGAGGGAGAGAGAGAGUGUAGACAGAGAGCAUGAGCAUCUCUGCGCGGCUGUUAGGUUGUGGGAGCGAGAGAGUGAGGAGGAGAUCCAGCACGCGGAAACGAAGCUCCAUCACAAGCACUCUCAAAGGCCAUCGUUGUUUCCAAGACCACAAACAGCUCCUGCAGGGCAUAACCUCCACCCACCAUAGCCAUGAACUUCCUCCGCCGUCGCCUUUCAGACAGCAGCUUCAUCGCCAACCUGCCCAACGGCUACAUGACGGACCUCCAGAGGCCUGACCCGCCUCCACCCCCUCCACCGAGCGCUGCCGCCCCACAGACCUCCACCUCAGCCCCGGCUGCUCCUGCCACCGGCACCCCCCUAGCCCCUGCUGCUCCUCCAGCCUCAGAGCGCCGGCCCCAGCCAGCUCCAUCCACUGGCUCUGGCUUCUUCAGCUCCAUCACCAACGUGGUCAAGCAGACGGCCGCCUCGGCGGGACUGGUGGAACAGAGCCCCGCACUGGCACCCAAGAAGUUCAAGGUGCUCCUGGUGAUCGACGAGCCACUGCAUGAAUGGGCAAAGCUGUUUCGUGGGAAGAAGAUCCAGGGAGAAUACGACAUCCGAGUUGAGCAGGCUGAAUUCUCAGAGAUCAACCUUGUGGCUCAUGCCAGUGGAAACUGCAGCGUGGACAUGCAGGUGAUCAGAAAUGGAACAAGAGUGGUUCGGUCCUUCAAACCUGACUUUGUGCUGGUACGACAGCACGCUUUCAGCAUGACGCAGAAUGAGGACUUCCGCAACCUGAUCAUCGGACUGCAUUACGCUGGAAUCCCGAGUGUGAACUCGCUCGAGUCCAUUUACAACCUCUGUGACAAGCCCUGGGCGUUUGCUCAACUGAUAAGCACCUAUAAGAAGCUGGGUCCAGAGCAAUUCCCUCUUAUUGAGCAAACAUUCUACCCAAACUACAAAGACAUGAUCUCCAUGCCUACAUUCCCAGUUGUGGUGAAGAUCGGACAUGCUCACUCGGGAAUGGGAAAGGUUAAAGUUGACAAUCACAGUGACUUCCAGGAUAUUGCCAGCGUGGUUGCCAUUACUCAGACCUAUGCUACUACUGAACCAUUUAUUGAUGCUAAGUAUGACAUCAGAGUCCAGAAGAUUGGUAAUGACUACAAAGCUUAUAUGAGGACAUCCAUCUCUGGCAACUGGAAGUCAAACACUGGUUCUGCCAUGCUGGAGCAGGUGGCCAUGACAGACAAGUACAAGCUGUGGGUGGAUGUCUGCUCAGAGAUCUUUGGAGGACUGGAUAUCUGUGCUGUCAAAGCCAUACAUGGAAAGAAUGGAAAUGACUACAUUAGUGAGGUGGUGGGUUCUUCCAUGCAGCUGAUUGGGGAACACCAGGCAGAGGACCGGCAGCUAAUAACUGAGGUGGUCCUGGCCAAGAUGAACCAGAUGGCGACCCGCGCACCCACUCGUACUUCACAAAGGCCUCCAACUACCAUACUGCAACCACAGAGCUCUGUCUUAAAGGAAGGCCUGACUGAACCCAACAAGACUUUGACCCCACGUGCCCCUCCUCAAGGGGCCCCUGCGAAACCCCAAGAGACACAAGCUAAGAGUCAAGAACCUCCUUCUGAGCCUAACCCUAGCGCUCCGGCCCCAGAACCUGUGCAAAAGGCAACUCCCUCCCCAACUCCUCCACCCACAACACAGCAGCCCAAGCCCCACGUCCAGGCCACACCCGCACCAGCUCCAGGGAAGCCAACGGACCUUCCUCCGAAACCCCAACCCCCAAAGCCUCUUCCCCCCAAGCCUGUGCCACCCAUCCGGCGAAACUCCAAGCCUCAGCUCCAACCAAAGCCCCAGACACCACCACCUCCAUCCAAGGUUUAUCCCAAGGGCCAGCCCGAAGCUGCAGACCAAGUCCCUGCCCCAGGCCAGGCACAGACCAAAUCAGCCCCUGUGCAAGUAGUCACAGCCAAAGCCCCUGCUAAGCUGCAGUCUCCCACCCAGGCUCAUUCCCCAGUCAAACCCCAGCUCCAGCCCAAGCCUAAGGAGCAACCCCAGGUUGAAGCUCCAGCUCAGAGUGCAGCCCCGGCUGAAGUGGCACACUUGGGCCCUGCACUGUCUGCAGCUCCUGCGCCGUCCUUGACCCCUGCCCAACCUCCCGUCGAGGAGCAACCAGCACCUCAGCAGAAAUCAUCACAUCCUUUCUUAAAUAAAUCCCAGUCCUUGACCAAUGCGUUCAACGCCUUCGGUGAGACCUUCCGUUCCAGCAAUGAGGAUGAAGCCAAGGCAGAGACCAUUCGAAACUUACGGAAGUCUUUCGCCAGCCUUUUCUCUGACUAGUGGAAAAUUUGCAAGUCAGAGGUUGGCUGUGGACAUAAUUGGCGACAGCGUGUAAUGGUCUGAGGUUAACUUCAUGUAGCUGUAUACAUCGUACCCUCUUCCCAACUCAGCUGUAAUAUGUCUGGAUGUCAGUAAGCAAAUGGAGAGUGACGUACAGUGAUUGUUCUGGCAAGAUCUUGGUGUCUACAUUAUGUGGUUCGCACCAGUCUGAACAGUGCCAUCUGUAUGAGGAAGGAGGCUGUUCAUAUUCAGAUGCAUGUUCCAGAGGUUGAACCCCUGAUGUGUGCUGAGGUGCCCCAUUACCCUUUGAUGUUGUAGCCUUAUUGUGGAAAUGUGUUUUUAUUUACCCAAAGACAAAUAUCUGUGAGUAGCUUCUCAUGUCUCUCGCACGCAUUGUGUUUAUCUAGAUUACCUGUUGUAAUUAUUAGCCGAUGAGAUAUUAGUUGAACAAUACCUCGAUGAGACCGUUUUACAGGCACUUUCCUAUCCAAGUUUCCUACUGUACGAAAUGCUUGGACUGGUCACUUUCCAAUGCAGUGGUGGCGUUUCAGUGGAAGGCCCGGUGUCCUGUGUUGUGGCUUUGAAUUAAGACCUUAUCCACAUGUUGAGUGCCCUGAAGUAUCCUUACAUAUUGUAUUGUACUGUAUGUUCUGCAUCUCAGGAGUUUUAAGUUGUAGUUCACUUAUUUGUGGUGUCAUAUUGUUCAUGUUGUGUUUCCUUUGUUCACAGUACCUCUGCAUGACCCAGUGACAGUUGUUUUUUUUCUGUACAGGUGUCAAUAAAUAUGUGGCACUUAUUUGUAGUAAUGUGUUUGUAGUUCUCAUAGUAUGUCUAUUGUUUGUUCACUUAUUCUACAUGUGCACCAAUAGUGACUGCUUAUGUAUUUGUAAGGGUUUUUUUUUUUAUUAAGUGAAAGCAUGUUUUGCUUCUCGUUAUUGGAUUAUUGGGGUUAUAAUAGGACAAGUGCAGAGCAGAUAUCAUUGGCUUGCUGCUCUGAACACAGUUUUAUGAUGUGUACUUGUAAUGUGGCUUUGUUAAUUUGCAUACCUUGAAGAUUCCUACUUUUAAAAAAGCAAGCAAACAAAAGAAAGAAGACCAUAGCGGCUGGCUUAUGACCUGGCAAUGAAAUAUUUUUGUAUAGGCAGUUGACUAACUCAUUCUUAAAUGAAAUAGGCCUUCUGAAACAAUGUGAAUUACCAGUAGGUGGCACUGAGUGAUUCUUAUAGAUAUCUAUAUAGAUAUCUAUAUGAAUCUGGUCAAUCAAAGGAAGCAAUGCAUUGGUACAUUAUUCAGAUUACUAAGAUUGACAUUAGAGAAGAUUAUGUGAUUUCCCAACUAUAUCUCACUUUUGGUCUAUGUGUUUAAUUUUAUUAGAACGUUUAUAGUAACAGUGAACUAUAUUUCUUGCCAAGAUCAAUCAAAUCCUAAUAUACCAUGAUGUAUGGGUCUUCUGAAUAAAAAUAGAGGUCAGUUAUAAAAGUGAAGAUUUGUGCGAAAACACUAAAUGUGACCUCUGUGGGUAUAGGCUCACUGACCUUAUUAAAUGUGACUUUAGUAGUCAGGUUCAUGCACAAGUACGGGUAUAAGAAUGGAAUUUAGUGAACAUGCUCUAAGUUACUGCAAAAAAAAAAAAAAAAGCUUUUCAAGAUUUGACUCUGUGAAACUGAUAUAAUAUAGUCAGAAGGAUUUUACUCUUGAUGAUUUUUAAUUAUUUUUACAAGUUGUCCAUUGGUAUUGCUGAUUUGAUUUUGUUUUUUGUGUUGCUUCUGUGUGUCUCUGCUUGAAGGAUACCACAAAUCUACUUCUCAGUUCUUUUCUUUUCUUUUCUAAACAACAUUCCUUAUCUUGUUUGGUAGGAUUUUGGUGCACCAUACAACAAAAAACUAAAAGAAAUAUACCCCUAAUGGAAAAGUGCAAUUGCAUUCUUACCUAGGAUUCUACAAUACCUACAGAUUUGAUUAAAUACAAUAAAUAGCUCUUUUGGACUUUUGUCAAUAUACUGCACAAGGAUGCAUUGGAAUUUUGGAAUAUAUAGACGAGAUGUUUAUAAACAGAAUGAGCAGAUAUGUUUUCCCAUAGACACUCUGUCACUGCUAAAUGUUAUGAUUUUUUUGAGCUGCAAAAAUAAAGUUCAAAGACCCUU